CUAGCCAGUAGCCAGGCUUAGAAAACUCGCUCUUUCAUUUCAGGCUCAAUACUUGUUUCUCUCCUGAAAAACAUUUCACUCUUUUUGGCCAAGCACAAAAAGUAUUACUUAGCUGAUCCCCCAUCCCCACCCCCACCCCAUGGAUGACUUAAUCGUCUCUCCCUCUUCAUCUUCUUCCAUUCUCUCUUCCGUGUCUCCUCAUCAGCAACUGCCUCCCACCCUCCAAAAGAGGCUCCAAUACAUUCUCCAACACCAGCCGGACUGGUGGGCCUAUGCCAUUUUAUGGCAGACUUCCAAAGAUGAUAAUGGUCGCAUUUCUCUCUCCUGGGCCGACGGCCAUUUCCAGGGCACCAAAGAGAAGAAUCCCAAAUCUGGCUCUCAGCCCGAACGAAAGAAAGUCAUGCGUGGAAUUCAGGCCCUCAUCGGUGAAAACCCUGAUAUCACUGGCCCCGUCGACGGUGACGUCACUGAUGCCGAGUGGUUCUACGUUAUGUCCCUCGCUCAGUCUUUUUCCCUUGGUGAUGGGGUUGUCGGCAAGGCCUUCAACUCAGGGUCUUUAAUUUGGUUAAGUGGUGGAAAUCAGCUCAGGUUUUAUAAUUGCCAACGAGCUAAAGAAGCUCAGAUCCACGGGAUGCAAACCAUGGUUUGCAUCCCUACUUUGAAUGGUGUUCUUGAACUGGGAUCUGACGUUAUGAUUACAGAAAACUGGAGUUUGGUGCAACAGGUGAAAUCUCUGUUCGAAUCUUCUUCAGAUCCCAUUAACAAUGGGUCAACGCAUGCCCUCAAGUUUCCAGAGAAAACCAUCUCUUUCGCCGAUACCUGUUUGCUGCCUAAUUUGCCAGACGAAGCAGCAAAGACUACUCCAGUACUGGGGAAGAAACAAGAACAACCCAAUAGCAAAGCACAGAAAGCUCAAAUCUUUUCUUACCUGGACUCGGAGCAUUCCGAUUCGGAUUGCCAGUUCUUUCUGCCUGAGACAGUUGAAACUAAGAGAACUCCCAAAAAGAGAGGCAGAAAACCCAACCUGGGUCGGGACGCGCCGCUGAACCACGUGGAGGCGGAGAGGCAGCGGAGGGAGAAGCUCAACCACCGUUUCUACGCCCUGCGGUCGGUGGUUCCGAACGUGUCAAGGAUGGACAAGGCCUCCCUGCUAUCCGACGCCGUAUCAUACAUCAAGGAGCUGAAAUCAAAAGUAGAAGAGCUGGAGACGCAGCUCCAAAGAGAAAGCAAGAAAGUGAAGACCGAAACUACUGCUGAGACUCUGGACAACCAGAGCACAACCACUUCCGUGGACCAAGUGGGGCCGAUAACUUCGCUACUAGAAGUAGAAGUGAAGAUUGUUGGGGUUGAUGGGAUGAUAAGGGUUCAGUCGGAUAACGGCAACUAUCCAGCGGCACGGUUGAUGGAUGCCAUUCGGGAGCUGGAAUUGCAGGUCCACCAUGCGAGCAUGUCAUGCGUGAAUGAUUUGAUGCUUCAGGACGUUGUUAUUAGGGUUCCUGAUGGAUUAAGAUGUGAGAAAGCUCUGAAAGCUGCUCUUAUUAGGAGAUUAGAGGCGCAGUAGCUAGUGAAAUAAUAUUAAAUAAAUAUGUAUGAUCUAUAUAUGGCUUUAAAGUUUAAACUACUUCCCAGGUCCAUUGGGUUUCUUGAUUUAGCAUUCUUAGUUCCAAGAUGGAUCGAUGAUGUUUAGAUUUGUAUACCGUAUGGCCGGCUGUUACUACCAUCGUUGUUUAAUUUCCAGAAAUAUAGUUAAGGGUGCAAAUCAAAGGACGUGUCGAUCAAUUAUACGUACAUGUAUAUAAAUCUUGUUAAUGCCCAAUCCCACGUCCUGGGCGCUUUGGUAUCUGGCCUGGCAACUUGUAGCCAAGAUAUAUAAUACCCUUCAGUAUUCAGGUGAAACUGAGCCGAUUUGGGAAGGCGUAAUUAGGAUGCUCCGAUCAGAUAUAAUUUUGGCUUCGCCAUACUCCUGCACUUGCCUAUGUCGUCGUCAGGUGGAUGACUGACAAUUCACGCUCUCUCUCUCUAGAUCUUUUUAUUUUUGUGGUUUUUGUAGCAGUGUUUGUGUUGUUGAUUUAUUUUUUGAUAAAUGGAUAUGCACAUCUUUCGCCUAAAGUCAUCUGGAGCGAAUUGUGGUGUGUUUUUUUUUCUUUUUCUAAAAUCUCAUAUGUAAAUUGUGUUAUUUCAGAUGAUUGGAACUCACGUAUUACAUGUACCCUACCACGAUA